CAGCAGCCUUACCAUUUUCAUCAGGGCACGCGUAAUGGCGCGAUCGCAACGAGCAACGAGCGUCGUCGAUGCGCCGAUCUGCGAGAUCGUUUCUCGGCGUCGCGCCGUCAUGUCGCCGAAAAGUAUUACGAUUGUCUGCAGUGCACGGAACAGUGCCGUCACGUGAUCGAUAAUAACAAUCCUCCCAACAAAAGCGGCAACAAUUACAAUAACAAUAACGACAAUGGCGCCGUCGCCCGGAUUCAUCGCACCAAUCAUCGUCUGCCUAUCUCGAAUCUGGCGCUGUAUCCGGAUGUACCAACGUCUCCGCCCGAUGAAAUGAGGAAAAUUCGAGGGGCCAGAGAUAAUCUGACCAAGUCUCUGGCGAGGCAUCAGUCCACUCAUCUAACGCCGAUCAAGAAGAGAUCGUCAUUGGCGCGACCGGUUCGCGUUCAUGAUUCCUUUGUACAACUCAGACGACCGAUGGCCGAGGAAGAUCCUUAUCACGACUCGCAGCCAAGUCAGCAGACGAGAUCGUGUAAGAACCCCUGGUGGUGGCAGGAUCGCCAUGAUCGUCAGGAGCCUAACGCGUCGACGAGUUAUGCCUAUCAUCGGAGUGGAAAUGUCGAGGACGGAAGCGCCGGUUGGCCUAUUCGCCUACGACUCGAGCAGAUGUUGGAGUUGACGUUACCGCAAACUAAACGGAAAAAGAAGAAGAAGAAAAAGAAAAAGGCGACGACGGCGACGGCAACGAUGCUGCUGAUGAAGCAACAGCAGCGCGGUAGGCAUAGCUUCAAAGACACCGAAAGGCUUCUCAAGGUACUCAGCAUCAACAAUGUGGACCAAGAUAAUAGGUACAACGUCAAACGAUGUUCCGUCAUGUAGAGAUUAGAGUUAAAAGAAGAAAAAGCGUGUAACAGACUUCUUAGGAAACACCGUAGGACUCUGAUAUGCUUAUAUCUGCAACCCCGCUUUCCGCGAAAAUCGAGGCUUCGAGUCUACUUGCGUAUCGUACUUCUGCUGUAUAAUAAUAAUAAUUUUCGGUAAGUUUUAUAUUCUAUCCUUUAUUUAAAUUUUAAUGCGAAAAAAUGAGGAAGUAUAACGGAAAACAUUCUUUGUGCAUUUUAAUCUUUCAUCUUUA